CCCCUUUCGGUCACAUGACGUGGGAUGACGAAGAUGGUGGAAGUUUGUGCUUCCUCGAACUAAAUCCCCGAUAAAAACAUAACUGUCCUGCUCUCGCGGGGCCGAGAGUUUUCAACAGCGGCAUUUCGUAGCUUCUCCUGCGCAACCGGCCCGAUGACAUGGCAGCUGAGGUCUCCAAGUCGAACAGUUCCAAUGGCUACCCGAUGAAAGCUCAUCUGCAAAUAGUUGUGUUAUCAGCCAAACUGAAGGAAAACAAGAAGAACUGGUUUGGUCCCAGCCCUUACGUGGAGGUGACAGUGGAUGGCCAGUCUAAAAAAACAGAGAAAUGCAACAACACCCACAGUCCCAAAUGGAAACAGCCACUCACUGUGACAGUGACUCCAUUCAGCCAACCGGUCUUCCGUGUGUGGAGUCACCAGACUUUGAAGUCAGACAUCCUGCUCGGCACUGCCAAGCUGGAUAUAAGUGAAACCCUCAAGUCUAAUGACAUGAAACUCUCUAAAGUGGUGCAGACCAUUCAGCUGUGUGCAGACAGAGACCAGAGUGAUGUUGUGGGAGACCUGUCUGUCUGUCUGGAUGGCAUGGUUGUUGACCCUGAGACGUUCACCAAGGCCGAGGCCAAUCAUCAAGCUGCAACAAAUGGUGACUCCCAGCCAAAUGGGGAUUUCACUGCCAGGAGAAGUAGAGACAGUUCUCCUGCAGUAGACAGUGGUGAACAUCGCGCCUCGCCCAGCGGAAGAAGGUCGCUGAACACAACAGGCUCUCCCUCCUUGUCAUCAGGGAGCACACGCCCCCAGAGACCACCCAGACCCUCCCGGCCUCCUCCUCCGACACCACGCAGACCCACCUCAGCACCAGCAUCUUCUAGCAAUGGAGCCGCGACAGCUGAUGCAGCUGAUGGCCAGACAGGUUCAUCUGCACCUGCACGAACGGCCGACUCCAGUCCAGUCGCCGGCAGCGACAGGAACACUGCAGCAGCAACAUCUUCUGGGGCCGCAGCAACCAGGCUGCCAGCGAGCAGCACCAGCCCCGCAGUCACUCCCCGGGUCCCUGCUGUCAGCACUGGGCCGCUGCCUCCUGGGUGGGAGCAGAGGGUGGACCAGAGCGGCCGCGUGUAUUAUGUAGAUCAUGUUGGAAAGAGAACGACGUGGGAGCGGCCUGAACCUCUGCCUCCUGGGUGGGAGCGACGCGUCGACCCGAUGGGAAGGUUCUACUUUGUCGACCACAUUACAAGAACCACCACGUGGCAGCGGCCAACAACAGAGACAGUGCGCAACUAUGAGCAGUGGCAGCAUCAGCGGAACCAGCUGCAGGGCGCGAUGCAGCAGUUCAACCAGAGGUUCAUCAUCGGGGCCCAGGAGCAAGUGUCAGCUGCUCAGAAUAAAGGCUUUGAUCCCCUCGGGCCGCUGCCGUGUGGAUGGGAGAAGAGGACCGAUGCCAAUGGUAGAGUUUAUUUUGUGCAUCACCCAACACGGACAACACAGUGGGAGGAUCCUCGAUCUCAGGGGUUGUUGAAUGAAAAGCCGCUUCCGGAGGGUUGGGAGAUGAGAUUCACUGUCGAUGGCAUUCCCUAUUUUGUUGACCACAACAUGAGAACGACCACCUACAUCGACCCUCGCACUGGGAAAUCAUCACUCGAAAACGGUCCACAGAUCACCUACGUCAGAGAUUUUAAAGCCAAAGUCCAAUACUUCCGAUUCUGGUGCCAGCAACUCUCGAUGCCUCAACACGUCAAAAUCACUGUGACUAGAAAAACGCUGUUUGAAGACUCUUUUCAACAGAUCAUGAGCCUCAACUCUCAGGACCUACGACGGAGGCUGUGGAUCAUCUUCCCUGGAGAGGAAGGCCUGGACUACGGUGGCGUGGCCAGGGAGUGGUUCUUCCUGCUGUCCCAUGAGGUGCUGAACCCCAUGUAUUGCCUGUUUGAGUAUGCGGGCAAAGAUAACUACUGUCUCCAGAUCAACCCCGCCUCCAACAUCAACCCUGACCACCUCAAGUAUUUCAAGUUCAUCGGACGCUUUAUUGCCAUGGCGCUGUUCCACAGCAAGUUCAUUGACACCGGCUUCUCGUUGCCGUUUUACAAGCGGAUCCUGAACAAACCACUGGCCCUUAAAGACCUGGAGUCGGUCGACCCCGAGUUCUACAACUCCCUCAUGUGGAUCAAGGAUAACAACAUUGAAGAAUGUGGACUGGAAAUGUUCUUCACCGUGGACAAAGACAUCUUGGGGGAAAUCACCACGCACGACCUGAAGCCAGGAGGGGAGGACAUCCAAGUCACUGAGGAGAACAAAGAGGAGUACAUCAGGCUGGUGGCAGAAUGGAGGUUGUCCAGAGGAGUGGAGGAGCAGACGCAGGCCUUCCUGGAGGGCUUCAACGAGGUCCUCCCCCAGCAGUAUCUGCAGUAUUUUGAUGCUAAAGAGCUGGAGGUGAUGCUGUGUGGGAUGCAGGAGAUCGAUUUGGCCGACUGGCAGAGGAACACCAUCUACAGACACUACGCUCGGAGCAGCAAGCAGAUCCUCUGGUUCUGGCAGUUCAUAAAGGAGAUGGACAACGAGAAGCGAAUGAGGCUGCUGCAGUUUGUCACCGGCACCUGUCGCCUGCCUGUCGGGGGCUUCUCUGACCUCAUGGGAAGCAACGGGCCGCAGAAGUUCUGCAUUGAGAAGGUCGGCAAAGAGAACUGGCUUCCCAGGAGCCACACAUGCUUCAACAGACUGGACCUGCCUCCCUACAAGAGCUACGAGCAGCUGAAGGAGAAGCUGAUGUUCGCCAUCGAGGAGACGGAGGGCUUCGGCCAGGAGUGAGGCCGGCACCACUUGAAGGCAAAUAACCACCAGUGUUUCAUUCAGGGAACCGCUUCAUUCUAACUUGUGCGCCGUCUUGAGUCACUCCGCUGGAGUGAGACAGAAGUGCAUCUCUUUAACUCCUGAAUCAGACUCACCUCUGCAAUAAUCCGUGAUUGUGUUGCAGUGAAAGUCAUGCACUCACUUUUUAAAAAUGUCCCUGCUGCCGUGGGUCCUGAUCACGACCUUGGCAGUAGCCAGGCUGCCCUCUGCGCCUGAGCGUUUGAUUCGCUUCCCUCCUGAACUAACAUGUUGUGACACUGUUCUUCAGACUAAAUCACCUCCUGUUUACAGAUGAGCUCCGAGAGACAAUCCCCGUUAUUCUAGCCAGGUGUGAGACCAGCGGACGCAGCGCUUGAAAGGCUCUAGUUUUAUAGAGUUUUCUUGUCUGAACAAAGUACCUUUGAUGUGAAUGCUUCAUGAAGAAUUUGGACCGUUUGGGAGCAGACGACUGUUGCCAAGGCCAACAUGCAGUUUUAAACCAAAACAGUGGCGUUUUCAGUUCAAAAAGAGCAAGAAGUGAUGAGAGAACUGGGAUACUUUGAGUAAGUUUUCAGUGUUAGUACUCACCGUGAUAGGGUUCCCGUGUAAGUGUUGACAAUACUGACCUCUAGUGGCCUAGUUUCUUCAAGCCAAUUGAAAUCCGGAUCAUCUGAAUUGGAGUUCAUCGAUUGUUGCGUGAACAUUGGGUGAAAUCCUGCUGCAUCCAAACACUGACACGAGCAUAUUUCGUAAUUUUUUUGGCUGCUCUCUGCGACUUUGCGGCCCAAACUAACACCACUUUGAGGGGUGUGUCUUCAUGAGCUGGGAGGGACUCAGACCAACUGUGACUGCAGGUGAAGAGACCUUCAGCGCGGUGUCAUGAGGGUCGUCUUGAGCCGACCAGCUCAUUCCCACCCCUCUGCUUGUCGGCCAUCUCAGCAGCAAUAAUCCAAAGACACAGUCCGAACAGCAGGUUACGCUGAUGUUAGCAUUUGGUGGAAUGUAAAGAGCAGUGAGGGCCAGCGCAGUGUUGUCACUCAGAGAGCAGACUCCCAGUCACAGCUCAGUCCACUGCGCCACACUCCACGCGAGCAGCACAUUGUGGCCACCUUUCUGUGUCCAAAAAAAAAGAGACUAUUGUACGACAGUAGUGUUUCAUCGUCCUUUUCUCUUGAAAUCAGUGCCAAAACGUGGCUGCACUUUUAUGAUCAAAACAGUAGUUAAGAUGCUAAAAACAACGAAUGUAUCCAGAGGGAAAACAGACACGUCUGAUUUCUGAGUGUGUCAUUCUGCUAUUUUCACUAAAACAAUGAGCCGGACAUGGUGUUGAUAACAAUGUUUGUUUGUUUAAAAAAAAAGCAAGAGCUUUUGAGAGUGAUGAGGCUUUAUUUUCUUUUCCUCCAGUUUCUCAUGUACACAGACUGUGUAAUGUAGAAAUGGUCACCUUAAUAAAUUAAUUCAAGGAAGCAGAAAUGGUCAUGGAAAAUGUUUGAGAGACAAUUUGGGCCGCCACGGAAUUCGACGGGGUCCGCAAGAGAUGACUGUUUUAUACCACAUGUGGCUGAUGUUUGAGUCCUGGCAUGUUGUGUCACUGAGAAAGAGGAAGCUCUGUGCAGAAGCACCUUCACCAAUGUGUUCCUGCGGCUUGUUGGGGUACACGCCGCGACAAGCCACAGGUUGGCAAGACCCGCGUGAGGCUCAUGGGUGCCUUUAGUUCUCUUGUGUGACUUCAAAUCAGAAGGAUAAAUAUGAGAAAGGAAAUACGUCGGGUGUCUGUGGGUCGCUCUCUGAGAUGAACACCUGUGUCAGGUGCGAAUCCUGCUUCAGUGAGGUCUGUCUUUAGCAUGUUCCUCUGAAUGUGAAACACAAAAGUUCCCGGAACUCAAGUCUCAAUGUGAACGGCUGUGGUCGAGUGGUGAGAGCAACAUUCCCUGCUCAAGUGUGGAAACCUUGGUCUGUCGGUGCUUGAGUUCGAACCCCACUCGUCCGCUGAAGGGAACUAAAUCUGAUGGCGGUC